AUGGUACCACAACAAGACGUAAAGCUGGCACGGUAUGAGUUCUUCCAGUGUCAACAAGAAGCCAUCACUCCGGGCGGCGAGCCAGAAAGCAUGACUCAGUUCAUAAAUCGAGCGCGUGAGCUGGUAAAAUCGUGCAAUUUCGGCAACCUUGGGGAUGAAAUGCUACGUGACAAAAUUAUCAUGGGCAUCCGUGACGUGUCCCUCAAGAAACGAUUCAUCGAACAACAGGACUUGACUUCAGCGAUGGUAAUCCAGCGAUGCCAAACGGAGGAGGCAACACGAGCAGAAAUGGAGCGCAACAAUUUGUUCGGCCAGGCCACCUCAUCUCACGCCGUCAACAAGCUGGCGAGAAAACCGAAAAAGUGCGCAUUCUGUGAUAAGGAGUAUCACAAAAAGUUGUCCGACUGCCCUGCCCGAGGAACUGUAUCGAAGGAGGAAGUUCCGGAAAGCAGCGAUGAAAGUGAUGUCGAAUCGGUCACAACAGUCCAGUAUCUGUACAGCUUAAAGCAGGACGACGAACAACUAUUAACAGCAAGCCUGACAUUCUUCAGUGCGAACAAGCAACCUGUUCCGGCGAAGUGUAUUUUGGAUACUGGGGCAACAUGUAACGUUAUCGGAAUCAACAAUGCGAAGCGCAUACUAAACGCGAAACAGCUCAAAAUGGACAAACAGCAGGCGACCAUGAAGGUGUUUGGUGGUGGCACUCUCAAGUCUUUGGGAAGAGUCAUUAUCAAGUGCGUCCACAAUGAGAACAAUUACAACACGGUGUUCCACGUCGUCGAUUUCGAACAACAGCCGCUACUUUCCCGGAAUAAGUGUCUACAACUCAAAUUGAUCCAACUGUGUUUGACGAUCACGAGCGAUCAUACUUCUGCUGUACAGCAAGUCAUCGAAAAAUACCCUGCAGUGUUCAACGGUCUGGGCAAUUUGGAAGGCAGUGUACAUCUUGAGGUGGACAAAAGCGUGAAGCCGGUAGUUCAACAACCUCGCCGGAUUGCUGUGACGUUAAGAGACGAGUUACGCAGAACAAUAACAGAGAUGGGACGUGAAGGAAUAAUCGUCGAGGAAAAGCAUAACACAGACUGGGUCAGCAAUCUAGUUCUGGUCAAGCGGAACAACAAGAUUCGGAUGCCGACCGUGGACGAGCUACUACCUGAGCUCUCAAAUGCGAAAGUGUUCACCACGGUAGACGCCAAAUGCGGCUUCUGGCAGAUCAGCUUAGACGAAGAAAGUUCUCGACUAACGACGUUCUGGACGCCUUUCGGACGCUACCGAUGGCUCCGAAUGCCGUUCGGUAUAUCACCAGCACCCGAAAUUUUUUAA